GUGCGUUGAAAGUUAGGGAUGAAGAAAUUGUUUCUAAGAAAAAUAAUUUCUCCUUUUCUGCUCUUAGCAAUGAUUCAAAUUCUGUAACAAAAAAGUACAUAGUUGAUUUGACCUUACUAGAUAAUAUUAUAGAAUCCGAAACCAAAUACAAUUUUGCUUCUGUGGGAAAGGUAGUUGUCACCUUAAAAAAAGAAAAAAAAAAAAUUUGGAACAGGCUCCUACUAUCAAAAGAAAAGUACCCAAAUAUGCAAGUGUGGUGGGACAUGAAGGAAAAAUAUCAUGAUAGCGUCCAGAAUUUCUUGAAGGAAGAAAAAAAUAACUCUGAUAAGUUACAGGAUGAUAUAGAUGAAGAUGAGGAAAAAUAUUUUGACGAGGAAAUUUUAAGGGAAGCCAAAAAAAAAAGUGAAGAAUAUGAUAAAGACGAUGAAGAGUUAUAA